CCUUCGAAAUGUGGAGAGUGUUUGCCUGUUUAGUCCUGAUGUCAGCUUUGACCUUCUCCAAGGGUCAUCGCGGAGAUUACCCGGGAUUUCAACGUCUAAAAAAUGUUCCGAGUUAUAACCAACGACCCUGUGGCCCCCGAGUUUGUGGCAAAAGCGGGCUUUGCUAUCGCAGUUUUGAAAGUAUCUGUGAACUCAACGACUAUAAUGUAAAGCUGAUAUUCAGUGGCCAAGAUGAAUUCGUUUUGACAGACCCUAUUUAUUGCCAAGAGGCACCGUCGCUGCCGCCGCCAAAGCUUAUUGAUGUGGGCUACUAUUAUAAUCACCGAAGUUUGGUGGUAGCUCAACCGCCCCGCUCGCUUUACUCACCCCGCCUACCCAGACCCAGAAUUUCCAAUGAUCCAGAAUAUAUCAGAAAUUACGACGCGAUCCCACCAUCAGAUAAUUAUGAUACAGCGCCGGACUACGAUCUUCCGUAUCCGAUAUGGUCUUUUAAGAGGCCUCAAGCUCCGCGGAGAAGGAACCGAGUGAGUUACAGGCCUCCAUAUUGGAACUACCCCACCAGGCGACCAGAAGCAACCAGGCGGCCAUGUUAUGAGACAACAAGAACCACCACAAAAGCUCCUAUAUCAACUAAGAUCCCCACGUAUUCAACAACAACCACAGCAACUGAGCCAUCUACAACUACGACUGCAACUGAAACUACAACGUCUACUAGUGAAGCAUCUACGACAACAGCAAGCACUGAAGCUUCUACAACAACAAGCACCGAGAGAACAACGACAACUUCAAGACCGACAACAACUACAACUAGAUCAACAACCACAGAACCAACAACCUUAAAAUCAACGACUCAGUUAACAACAACUACCGAAACAACCACAGGACCAUCAACGACAACAUCCACAGAUCCUUCUACCACGACAACGCAAGAGCCCACAACGACAACAACUACAGAAUCAUCCACUACAACGACAACGGAUCCGUCCACAAGCACAUCCAUAGAAUCUUCUACAACGACAACAACAAAUUCAACAACAAAUCCAACAACAGAUCCAACAACAAAUCCACCAACAGAUCCAACAACAGAUCCAACAAGAGAUCCAACAACAGAUCCAACUACAGAUCCAACAACAGACCCAACUACAGACCCAACUACAGACCCAACUACAGAUCCAGCAACAAAACCAACUACAGACCCAACUACAGAUCCAGCAACAGAACCAACUACAGAUCCAGCGACGACGGCAUCGAAUUCAACAACAACUACAGAGUCUUUCAGCACAACAACCACAAACGCUUCUACAACAACGACUACCGAUCCUUCCACAACAACGACAUCAACAACGACAGAUCCAACAACGACAACCACUUCAGAAUCUUCCUCUACGUCGACAACGGCUCCAUCCACAACAACAACUUUAUCGUCUUCUACAACGACAACGGCUCCAUUCACAACGACAACUUUAUCGUCCUCUACAACGACAACGGUUCCAUCCACAACGACAACUUUAGCGUCUUCUACAACGACAACAAAUAACCCGACAACAACUACAACAGAAAACUCCACAUCUUCUGCUACAACAACAACAACAGCUUCCACAUCAACUACAACCACAGAUUCUUCUACAACGACAACAACAGAUCCAACAACGAUAUCAACUACAGAUUCCUCUACGACAACAACAACGGAUGCCUCCACAACUUCAAACACUGCCGCAUCUGCUCAACCCUUGACUGUUGAGGUCAGAAAUGCGGACGAACGGCUUGUAGAUUUCGAUUUGGAAGCCGUGGCCUUGAACACGGAUACGGGAGAACCAAACUGCACGGAGAUCACCAAAGUCCUGAUAACCACAGGAUCAAGGAUCGUCUUUCAGUUCUCUGGAUGUAUUGUGGCAAGGACUUCUUCAAGUAUAUCCACAACUCCGACCAGCACUACUACAACUCCGAAAAGCACCACGGGAACAACAUCGCCUCAGGAAACGCCAUCCUACCAGUGGUAUGGUCAAUCCACGAACUAUGCCCAAUCUCAUGUCAUAUAUACCUACUAGUUGGACAUUGUUUUUAAGGCCCCAAUAAAGAGAAUCUGAUAC